UUCUCAUCCGAACCAUAGCCCUAAUCAUAAUUUCACGUUUAUUCGAAAUUGCUUCCGAUAAAACGCUUCCGCCACAACACAAAAGCGGAGGAGGUUUUGCUCGGCGCCGAUCACAGAGGUUUUCUCCAAUCAGAACGUGCAGUCAUCGAUGUUCAAUUUCAUCGCCAAACCCUAGAUGUUGCUGCGGCUUCUUGCAGUUUCUUGAUUUCCGAGGGCUUCGCCGUGCCAAAAUUGGAUUCACUGGUUCUGAUAAAGAUCUGAAAGGAAUCUGAAUUUUAUUGCGUGUGAAGAAGUUUAGAUUUGUUCUCACUGUUGUGGUGGUUCAAUUUGUUCAAUUUUUACCUUAGAAUAGAGAAGAAAAAAAGAAAAAAAAAAGAUAGCUUUGACAUACUGUACUGUUUGAUUUGUUUUAAGUUUCAAUAGCAACUUUUUUUUCUUCAUAUCAAAGUUCUUUUGAUUAUUUGUUUACCUGUUAAUUGAAAUAAUAAUUUACAAAUUUACAAUGGCGGUGUAUUAUAAAUUUAAGAGUGCAAAAGAUUACGAUUCAAUUCCCAUGGAUGGUCCUUUCAUCUCUGUUGGCACAUUGAAACAAAAUAUUUUUGUAUCCAAGCAUUUAGGGAGGGGUACUGAUUUCGACCUACUGGUCACCAACGCCCAGACCAACGAAGAGUAUCUUGAUGAAGAAAUGUUGAUUCCUAAAAACACUUCGGUGUUAAUUAGACGGGUUCCAGGACGGACAGGAUUACCAAUUGUUACUGAACUACAUAGACAAGAGGUGGAAAAUAAGGUGGUGGAAACUGAACCUGAGAACAUUAGCUUACCAGCAGAUGAAACAUCUGCCAUGAAAUAUCCUGAAAAUUUGGAUUGGGAUGAAUUUGGCAAUGAUUUAUAUUCAAUUCCCGAUCAACUGCCUGUUCAAUCGAACAACAUGAUUCUAGAGGCUCCUCCAACUAUCAAUGCUGACGAAGACAGUAAGAUAAAGGCCUUGAUUGAUACUCCAGCGUUGGAUUGGCAACAUCAAGGUUCAGACUUUGGUCCUGGUAGAGGUUUUCAAAGGGGCAUGGGUGGACGGAUGGGAGGUGGGCGUGGUUUUGCAGGGUUGGAGCGGAAAACUCCUCCAGAAGGAUAUGUAUGUCAUAGAUGCAAGGUGCCUGGACAUUUCAUCCAGCAUUGCCCUACAAAUGGUGAUUCAACUUUUGACAUAAAAAAAGUCAGGCAACCUACUGGUAUUCCUAGAUCUAUGCUGAUGGUAAACCCACAAGGUUCCUAUGCCUUACAAAAUGGUUCAGUAGCUGUUUUGAAGCCAAAUGAGGCUGCUUUUGAUAAAGAAAUGGAAGGGUUGUCAUCUACACGUUCAGUUGGUGAUCUACCACCUGAGCUCCACUGCCCCUUGUGCAACAAUGUCAUGAAAAAUGCUGUAUUGACUAGCAAGUGUUGUUUUAAAAGCUUCUGUGACAAAUGUAUUAGAGACUAUAUUAUGUCCAAGUCUGCAUGUGUAUGUCAUGCAACAAAUGUUCUUGCAGAUGAUCUUUUACCUAAUAAGACGCUUAGAGAUACCAUCAACCGGAUAUUGGAGUCUGGCAAUAGCAGUACUGAAAAUGCUGGGAGCACUUACCAAGUUCAAGAUAUGGAGUCUUCUCGUUGUCAACAGCCCAUGAUACCUUCUCCUACUUCAUCUGCUGCCCCCAAGGGAGAACCAAAGGUUUUACUAGUUAAUGAAGGAAUAACAAAUAUACAGGAAAUAGCUGAUGACAGAAAGCCUGUCUCUUCUACACAGCAUGUAUCAGAGCAAGUGAAGAUUCCUAGAGCGGCUGAUGUAUCUGAAGCUACUCGUGAGUCUAUGAGUAUGAAGGAACUAGCCUCACAAGGGAGUGCUAAACUAGUUGAGGAAGAAGUUCAACAAAAAGUGCUUCCUAUUGAUGCAGGAAAGAAAAAGAAAAAGAAGAAAGUCCGUAUGCCCACAAAUGAUGUACAAUGGAAAACCCCUCAUGACUUUGGGGGAGAGAACUAUAUGAUGCCAAUGGGCCCACCGCCUCCUAGUUAUAAUCCAUACUGGAAUGGCAUGCAACCUUGCAUGGAUGGAUUUAUGACACCAUAUGCUGCUCCAAUGCAAAUGAUGGGUUAUGGCCCAGGCCCAUUUGACAUGCCAUUUGCAGGUGGUCUGGCUCAAGACCCAUAUGGCAUGCAAGGAUACAUGAUGCCUGCUGUUCCACCUCAUAGGGAUUUUGCGGAGUUCGGUACAGGGAUGAAUGUUCCACCACCUGUUAUGAAUAGAGAGGAGUUUGAUGCUCGGAAUGCUAAUAUGAGGAGGAAGCAUGAAAAUGAGAGAUGGGGUGAAAGGGACUUCUCCAAAGAUCGGGAAUUUGGUAGGGAGGUGAGCAGUGUUGGGGAUGUUUCUUCGAUGAAAUCAAAAACAAAAUCAAAUCCACCGUCAUCAGGUGCCUAUCCCAUUUCCCAUCAACGUCACCAACCAUCAGAUCUGAACCAUAGAUCAGCUAGGCACUAUUCCGACCGCAACCAGGAGGAUGAGCAAUCACGUCCUCACAAAUCAAAACCAGAGCACUAUUCCGAUCGCAACCAUGAGGAUGAGCGGCGCAACCACCACAGCAACCACAGACCAGAAACUACAUACAAUGAUCGCCAGCAGAAGAGCAACAUCUUUUCUCGGAUAAGUUUCUCAGCUGAGGAGGAAGCCAUUGCUAAAAAGAAAAAGAAGGCUUCUACUUCCACAACGGAAUCAAACGGGUUCUAUGAAGUGAGAAAAGAUGACGAUGAUGGUAGCGACGAUGAUGAACGGCAUUUCAAACGGAAACGGUCGAGGUACGAGUUAGUGGAUUCAAGAGAGCGGAAGCAUAGGUGAAGAAGAUUCGGAAUAGAUUUUAGAUUUUAUUUGCUUAAACUUAACUUAUCUUUCCGAUACAUAAGAAGGAUUUUCCGUCAAAUUUCUACUAUUUACUUCCUCACUGUAAUUUUAUGUACGUUUCACUCAAAUAUAUGUUGAUUAUGUUUUGCUUCAAA